CCUCAGCCUCGCGCGGCUCAGUGAAUUGCGCUCCAAGGCUGCGUGUCCAGAUCAGGUCAUCUGCAAUGUACUGGUAGUUGAGGGUACAGCUGCCACCUUCAUGCUAACAGAGACAGACUCUGAACAUCCUCUCAGCCAUGCAGGAAGCUGAACCAUCAUCAUUGACCAGAGAUAAUGGACCCAAACUCCUGCUCCAAGAGGAAGACUACAACCUUGGACAUUCAACCUGAUCUUAGAUGACGCUAAGCCCUACAUUGACUGUAUCAUUUAAUGGCCAGGAAUUAACAGCUACCUGUUAAUAUGCUGAUAGAAGUUUGCUGAACACUAUUGCCUGGGGGAUUAUUGGAGAGACAGAGAAACAAACUGCACUGCCUCACCCCUGUGGACAAGCUGUGAAUCUAUGGUUUUAGCUACAGUCAUGGGGAAGGAACAGGACCUGCUGGUGGCGGUGAAGAAUGGAGAUCUUCUGCUGGCUCACAAGCUUCUCUCUAAAGUCAAGUGCAACAAAACCAAGUUGCUGGGCUCCAACAAGAGGCUCAACAUCAAUUACCAGGACUCAGACGGCUUCUCAGCGCUGCACCACGCUGCUCUGACGGGCACCACAGAGCUGUUGUCGCUACUGCUUGAGGCUCAGGCCACAGUGGAUAUCAAGGAUAUCAAUGGCAUGCGCCCGCUUCACUAUGCAGCGUGGCAGGGUAAAUCCGACUCCGUUCUGCUGCUGCUGAGAGGAGGGGCUUCCGUCAACGCUCCUUCCCAUGACGGACAGAUACCCUUACAUCUCUCUGCACAGUACGGACACUAUGAGGUGUCUGAGAUGCUGCUGCAGCACCAGUCUAAUCCCUGCCUCAUGAACAAGGCGAAGAAGACUCCUCUGGAUUUGGCCUGCGAGUUUGGCCGACUCAAGGUGGCUCAAUUGCUGCUCAGCAGUAACAUGGUGUCAGCGCUCUUAGAAGGAGAGAGAGGGAACGACAGCCUGGAUUCUCCCUCCAUUACCCCCCUUCACCUGGCAGCCAGGAAUGGGCACAAAGACAUCAUCAAGUUGCUGCUCAAAGCUGGCAUUGACAUCAACCGAGCCACCAAAGCGGGGACUGCUCUGCAUGAGGCAGCUCUCUACGGCAAGACGGAAGUAGUGCGGCUGCUGCUUGAUGGGGGGAUCAACGUGAACAUGCGCAACACAUACAACCAGACAGCUCUGGAUAUCGUCAACCAGUUCACCACUUCCACAGCCAGCAGAGACAUCAAACAGCUGCUAAGAGAAGCAUCCAGUUCUCUUCAAGUCAGAGCAGUGAAGGACUACUGGAAUCUCCACGACCCCACUGCUCUCAACCUGCGGGCUGGAGAUCUUAUAAUGGUCUUGGAGCAGCACUCAGAUGGCCGUUGGAAAGGCCACAUCCAUGACAACCAGCGGGGGACCGACAGGGUGGGCUUCUUCCCCCCUUCAGUGGUGGAGGUCCUCAGCAGGAGAGCAGGGGGCGCUCUCUCCCGCCAAGGCUCAAUGCCAUGCCAGAGGCCGCACCUUGCAUCCAGACCUUCUCCCUCAGGCCCUGCCCCUCAGACUGAUGACUCAUACAUCCUUGGUUAUGAUCCUGCAGGUGCUUCACCGACCAGUCAGUUCUCAGCCCCAGCAACCCCUCCUCAGGACAUUUGGGUCCUAAGGAGCUCUCCCACUGGUGACAGGAACAGUGUUGGCAGCACAGGCAGUGUGGGCAGCAGCCGCAGCGCUGGCAGCGGCCAGAGCUCAGAGAGCAGCCGCAAGCAGAAUGGGACUCACAACCGCCACCACACUGACGCUGUCAAGAUGGCUCCCUCUGCAGGUGAAACUGGAGAUCAGAUCCACAGUACAGCAACUGACCAAAGCAAUGGUGGUUCUCGCCGACAGGCCAACAGCACUCUUCAGAAAGGCUUCAUCAGACCAGAACAACUUUUGAAGGGCAAGGACUCUGAAGCCAUCUACCAAUGGUUGUGUGAGUUCCAGUUGGAGCAGUACACUUCCAACUUCAUUAGAGCGGGAUAUGAUGUUCCCACCAUCAGCAGGAUGACCCCUGAGGAUCUCACAGCCAUCGGCGUGACCAAACCAGGCCAUAGGAAGAAGAUCUCAUUGGAGAUUGGGAAACUGAGCAUCCCUGAGUGGCUGCCAGAUUACAUUCCUUCGGACCUGGGGGAGUGGCUUAGCGUAAUUGGGCUGCCUCAGUACCAAAGGCGAUUAUGUGACAAUGGCUAUGACUCCAUUGUGAUUGUUAAGGACAUCACCUGGGAGGACCUGCAAGAAAUAGGGAUCACUAAACUGGGCCAUCAGAAGAAGCUGAUGUUAGCAGUGAAGCGACUGUGUGACCUGCGGCGUUCUCGUAAUCAGGCUGACAGAACGGGAGAGGGUCCUCUUAGAAGAAAGCCACCGGCGUCUCUAGAGGUGGUGGCUAUCGAACACACACCAACACACUCUCAUGCGCACUCUGAAGCCCCAUCUGAAAACUACUGCCCCUCCCCUCGCACCCCCAGAGCCCUCCUUUCCUUCCAGGACAGUGAACUGAGCGCAGAGCUGCAGAGUGCUAUGAUGGGCAAGGUAGGGGGAUCAGCUUCAGAGGCUUUCUGCAUGAGGGGAGUGCCCUCCUCUGCUGUUAUAGCUGCCAUGUCUGUCAGUCAAGAAAGCAUAAGUAGGCGUUCGCGGGGUUCAGGGAAGUCUGGAAAUUCAAAUUCAGGAAAUUCCCAUGAUUACCAAACGACACUGUGUUCUGCCAGAACACCUACUAGGCCUGAGGAGAAUCUGAGCAGCGGGGAAAUGGAGGAGGCCAAACCUGAGCAAAGCAGUCCUGGAGGCAGAAGUAAGCAGGUGUCUAUUGAGAUGUGGGAACAUCACAGUUUGUCUGGUACCCCAGAGAAUAAGCAUUUCUCCACCGUGACAUCAAACAAAAUACCUCGCAUUGCUUACCCAGCAGUCCCACCUAAGUCCAAACACCUCCAGUCCCCCAGCCGCCUCUAUCAGCCUCAGUACCACCCCCAGCACCAGCCUAUCUCUUCUCCAUCAUCUCCACCUCCACAACCCUCUCCCACAAAGAAGUACUUCAAUCACCUGCAGGCUCAGGCAGGAGGUGUCAACGGCUCUCCACGAGUACUUUCUAAACCUCUGCCUGGAGCCAUCCCUGUGCUUAGACCUCCACCAGCACAAGCCCAAGGUGAUGACACUCAGAGGGUGUCACAACAGAAGCGUGCCCAAAGCUUGACUCGCUAUGCUCUGUCCGAUGGAGAGCCUGACGAAGACGAUGAUCUCCCUCUUCCCUCUACCUCUUCUUCCUCCGUAACAAUGCCAUCCUAUGCCACACUAUCUCGCAGGCCGGGACGUGCUUCAGGACCCUUGCGUCAAGUCAACCGCAGCCAUUCCUUUGCUGUGCGCUCUCGAUACAAAGGUCCACCUCCUCCGCCUCCCAAAAGAAUGAGCUCAGUGACUGACAGUCCUACAAGACAGCAGGGAAGCAGCACAGCAGUAGAGCAAGAGUUGAAGGCUGGGGUUGAGACAGACAGUGCAGGCAGUGUGAGAAGCAUUGCUGCCAAGUUAGAAGGCAGCAGCAGUUGCAGUAGCCCAUCGAGGAGGAUAGAUAUACCACCAAACUUUGUCCAUGUUUCACCUGUUCCCAGCCCAGUUUCCUCACCAAUUUCUUAUGGAUUACCAUCACACAUAAUUCUACACCAUUCCAAACCUGUCCCUGCCCUGGGUUUGGGAGGCUUAAGGAGGGUAGGAAGUGAGAGAACAGAAGGAGAUCCUGACAGACACAGAGGUGGGAGUACAGAAGGGAUAACUGAAGAGAAACUGAAAGCAAGACAAAGUGAAAAACUAUCCAGGAAUGCUUCUGUAUCACCAAAAAUCAUUUCUGGGAAUCUACCUUUCGCUGAAGAUGGUAACCUUACUAUUAAACAACGACCCAGGAUUGUAGUUGUUGCCCAGACAGACACAGACACCAAGUCUGCAUUAGAUGGUCCAGUCCAGACACAGAACAGCUUGGAGCCUCCCGAGUUCAACCUGAAAGAGUCUGACACUGUGAAAAGACGGCACAAACCCAAAGACAAAGGUGCUUCCACACCAGACGAGGCUACCACCCCCAACGGAGAGGAAAAUCACCUACUGAGUACCAGCCCACACACAUACAGUGAAGUCAGAGCUGCAAAUACAGGGGAAGUUCAGACAGCAGGAAACGUUUUCUAUAGAAUUGGCUCUGUAGGGAAAGGUUCAAAACCUCCUGUGUCUUCAAAACCUUCCAGUCCUCUAAAACAAACCCCUAAUUGCAGUCUAAUGAGCCCUCAAGGCAUUGAUCCGACAGCACGAGUUUGUGCACAAACAGCCAUUCCGAAACUGACCAGUGUGCAGAUACACACUGUCUCUCCAAGCAUGAAUGGAAGCUUUCACACCCAGACAUGUAUGCAAAGCCCUAAACCUGUUAGGGCUUUACAGACAGUGGGGUCCAAGCCGGACAGUCAACAGAAAGCUGCUGCUCUGCCCGGAUCAAGGCUCCAUCAGCCCAAUACAACAUCCAAUUCAACUGGAGGAGUAAAUCUCCAGAUGGUCCAAAGUGUCUGUUUUGCUGCACCAUCUUCCCCGACACUGACAUCCUGCUCCCCUAACCUGGCCUCAUCAGGUCAGGCAAGAAAAUCAGGGGGAGCCCCGUCUGGUGUAGCAGGUCUGGAGGUUCUGGCUCAGAAGAGACUGGAGCAAACCAGUACAUCACUGGAGGCUGCUCUCAAAGUGGUGGAAAAUGAACUCGCACAAGGCAGUAGUGUGGAUGGCAGCCGCAGUUCAGUGAAGGCAGCGGGGAAUAUUCUGGAUGACAUCGGCAACAUGUUUGAUGACCUGGCUGACCAGUUGGAUGCCAUGUUGGAGUAAUACCCACAGGCUUUCUGCUUUUUCCAAAGCCAGCAACAGAUGGACAGCUGAGACUCGUCACCUUUGAUGCACCUUGGACCAACAAACUGUAGAGCUCAGCUCCUCCUCUGUCCAUCUGGAUGGAUCAGUGAAGGUGCAUCUGAGGAUUUUCCUGCACAAUAUAGGCCAAUUUUUUUAUUUUUUAUUUUAUCCUUAAACCUAAGCACUUGGCCUCAGGACACGCACCUGGGAAUGUUCCUGGAUGGACAACUGACAGUAGCUGAAAGAUCAGCCUGCAGAUAUCUGUUCAAUAUGUAAUGACUUAAGGAAAAGAAGGUCCAUCAUACAUGUAAACACAGAGAAUAUAUUUUUUAACAAUGAUGACUGAAUUAGUUUACAUAGUUAUAUGCAUAUUUUGCAUCUUUAUGUCAGUAACAAGUUUGAUGUAUUGAAAGAAGCUAGUUUUACCAAGUUUUUAUCAAAGUCGUUCCAUCUAGUCAGUGAACAAAUCACACACCUACUCUGAACUGACAGCUGGGAUUAUUCUCAGCUCACCCUGGGUUGCUAAGAGGAGAACUCACUGUAAACAAGCUGCUUCCAAAGAACAGUAACACCCAUAUUUUACUUUUGCAUUUCAGCUGAGGUCAGUAUGUUUCUUGGGAGGCUGGAAAUGUUCCGCGUUUAACAAGGACAGCACACUCCAGGAUUCUGUGUACAUUUGGAUGUCUGGAUUGUGUCUAAAUUAUUGAAAUAGAGAAAGGUUUAAACAAAUAUUUUUCUUCUACCUAGUAAGGUAUUUAAAAGUACAAAAUGAAAUUAUAAGUAACAGUUUUGACUUAUUCUGUCUAAAUACAUUGACUUUAUGUCUCCUGAAAUUCUUUUGAAAAGGUUUUUAAAUGAAAUAGUUUCCUCAAACCGUUAGCUGAUUUUUCAUGUUAUUUUAAUUCCACAAAAUGAAUGUCUUGCUUCAACAUUUAGUUUUCAGCAUUUACAUUCCUGCAAACAUGUGGCGCUGAAGCUGCAGAUACCUUUGAGAUGGAAUAGUAUGGGGGAUAUCAGGGUGGACAGUCCUUAACAAAAUGACAGGGAGAGCAGAAUAACUCUUUUCAUACAGAAUUGUUAGCUUCAGUUAAUUUACUGCGACUGUCACUAACAGGGAUUAUCUCACCAAAGCUGUCGGCUGACCUUCUAAUGACAAACUGUGGUUUUAUUUAUUUAUUUUGGUGUGUUUUUGUUUUACACUGCUGUAUUAAAAUAAAUACAGUAUCAAGGAAAGACUGGUUUGAACCUAUGUUGUUAAAAUGUACUCUUCAGGAGAAGUAAAUCAGUAUCAGCAGUGUUAGGUUAACUGAAGAUGUAACUGAGAUUCCAGCACCUUAGAUAUUCACCAUGGAACAGGAACCUAUUGUUUCUAACAUUAAAAAGCAGUCAUCUUCUUUAAAGGACGGUUAAACAAAUAAAAAACAUGACAAAGCUUACAAUACUCUUUGGUAAAUACUCUUUGGGACUGACUUAACUGACCAAAACGUACUCUACCAUUUUAGGUUGAACUUUCCAGAUCAGAAAUGCUGCAUAAGGUAUUUGUUUAAAUGUUUUUAAUCAGAAUGAUACAGUCGGCUUGUGAUUGGCAGAUAUGGCUAAGAGAUGUCCGAAUGUGACACGUCUUCUGUGGUGUUACAUUGUUUGAUUUUUUAAAAAUAUUUCUAAAAAGCAAUUAAAACACGUUAUAGGUGAAAUGGCUUUAUUGAGCAAAUACAUCAAUAUUUUACCAGGAGUCGAUAUCUACAGUGCUGCCCUUCCUUCAUAAAUCCUGUAAUUCCCUUUGACAUGUUAUCAACUUGAAUCCUGAUUGGCGUCGAGCCAUUCUUGUUUCAUUACUGCUUGAAAUUGACCCUGGUCUUCUUGACUGCAUAUUCGAAAUUUUCAUGUUUUAAUCUUGAAGCCACUUUGUUUCUUUGUCCAUGUGACACAUUGCUCCAUCAUGCUGGAGUAUACAGCGAUAUCACUUGUAUUCUAACCAUUACAUUCUUGCACUUCCUGCAGAGUUUCAGUCCGUCCUUGAUGUUUUUCUUGGACUAACCCGUCUAGUGACAAGGCCAUUGUUGUAAACUCUUCACCUCACUGUGCACUCACGCUCAGUUGCUGCCGAUGUUCACUAGGCUCUGCACUGGUGGCAACAUAAGUCUGUACUCCUUAGAUGAGGUGGUUGUGUUGUUUUCCGGCCAAUAUUGGGUGUCCUGUAAUCUUCACCACUAUGGAACAUUUUAUUUUAAAGAUCUUGUACUUUCAGGUGUGUUAUUACAUGAUUUGAUUCACUGACAGAUGGCUGCAUGCAAUUUCUAAAAAACUCAGAAGCUGCAGAGUUAGCAGAAAACACAACAUUUGUGGCCCUUGCAAAACUGUUGACCGUUAUUAUAUGUGAGCAGCUAAAAGCACUUUGUUUUGACUGCGGACUGUUUUGUAAAUUUAUACUGUUGCAGGUUUAAAAACUCUGAUAACAAUUUGCAAUUAAUUUCAACAAUUUGGAGGGUUUGUUUUAAAGCCAAAAUGUUCAGCAGUCAAAUACAAUAAUUUUGUUAUAUUUAUAUGUACUUCCUGCAGCUGUGGCGAUGUGUAUUUUCGAUAUAGAGGUUGACAAUCGGACAAGAUUUUGCAAUGUUUGGCUUUCUCUGUUUUUUGUUUGUUUAUGUUUCCUAAGGAAUUCUGUCAUCCUGGAAAGAACAGAGAGACCAAAAGUAGCAACCUGUUGUGUUCUUGGUGGAUCCACCUAGAAAUAGUAUAUCUCGUAUAAAAGAAGUAAUAUGAAACUGAA